AUGCGAAACUCCUGUACGCGGGCCUUGCUGGCCGCCAUAUGCCUCCUCAUCAUCCUCGCCCUCACCCUGCGAAGCGACCGCGCAAUCGAUAUGCGUGCCGAGAUUCUGCGGAAGACGGGCGUGCACUCCACGAGCAACACCCCCGAGCAGAAGCCCCUGGAUCACUCGACCAUGCCUCCCCAGAGCCCGACGAUGGACGCCGGUGUCGAGCCCAAGAGCGACCACGUCAUGAACUGCGAUAUCGACAUGGACCACCUCAAGGAGGUCAAGGACAAAUACCACCUCGACGACAAGUUCCAAUACAUGAAGCGAUACGUCCGCUUUACUCGCGAGGAGGGCUUGGAGCGUAAGGUCAUGACCAAGCUGACCCAGAACCUCCUGCCCUCCAAGUUCAAGACGGUUGAGAUUGGCCAGCACUACGGCCGCCAGUCCUGCCCCGAGCCCCUCGAUUUCCAUGUCCCCAAAUCAGGCCUGCCAUCCACCGUCAAUGGCUCCGACUUUAUGUAUGGUGUCUCUACCACCUAUGGACGAUUCAUGGACCCCGGCACCACCCCUAUCAACGAGUGGAUUUUCUGGCUCACCGAUAGCCAUGGCAACUCCAACGGCGGAAAGCUCCUCCUCAUGCUGCUCGACGCCAGCGACGAGGAGCUCCAGGAGGUUGCCAACCUGCUGGGUGACGUCGGUAUCGAUGUCGAUGUCUACCACAGUGACUCUUCUGUCGAGAUGGCUGUCCGCUACAUCAACCUCGUCCCGACCCUCUACACUCACCGUGAUGCCAAGCAGAAGAAGUGGCUGGUGACCUGCGACGACGACACGUUCUUCCCCAGCAUGCACGGUUUGAUCGAGAAGAUGAACAAAAUGGACUACACCCGCGAGAUGUACGUCGGUACAUUGUCAGAGGACAUUGGUGCGGUUGAGCGUCACGGCUCCCAAGCCUUUGGUGGCGGUGGCGUCUUCCUGUCCCUCAAGAUGGCCGAGAAGAUUACGGAACUCUACGAGAAGUGCACUUCUGAGCAGAAGAUUCUCGAGGCCAACUCUGGCUGGGGUCCCCAGGGUGAUAUUCUCCUGCGCAAGUGCAUCUACGAAAACACCGAGACUCGCCUGACCAACUUCUGGGAUCUCUGGCAGCUCGACUUCUUUGGCGACCCAAGCGGUUUCUACGAGUGGGGCAUCAAGCCUCUUUCUCUUCACCACUACCGUGGAGGCGGCUGGCACACGGCCAAGCCUGGACAGUACACCAAGAUUGCCCACAUCUGUGGUGAGGACUGCACCAUGCUGCGCUUCCAGACCGCCGAUGACUUUGUUGUUUCUGGGUACUCUGUGGCUCACUAUCCCCAGGGUAUUACCUGGGACUGGGCCCAGCAAGAAGCCACCCUGCACGCUGCUCCCGAGGACAAGGGCUGGAAUUUGGACUACACGUUUGGCCCUCAGCGCCCGAACCUCCAUGGCACAGGUCGCAAGAUUGCCUGGGAGAUGCAAGAAUCCGAUGUACGCUCCGACGGGUCCGUCCUCCAGACGUAUACGAGAAAGAAGGACGAUGCUCGGUGGGUUCACGCCGACCAGUCGCCCAUGAGCAACAUCGAUGGUGUCAUCGAGCUCAUCUGGGUCCCUGCUUGA